AUCCUAUCCCAUUUCCCUUCUUACUAAUUUCCCCUUUCUCUCCCUCAGAUAUAUACACAUAAUAUAAUAUAUCUAUAUAUGUAAUUUCUUGAUCUCUUUCUUCAUCUAUAAAUAGAAACAACUUGAAACAAGAGAACACUGUAGUGAUCACACAACUUCAACCCUCAGACACAAAGAUUUUGUAGAGAGUAUCUUUGAUCUUAGAGAGAGAAAGUUUUGUGAGAGAGAGAGAUGUCAAGCAACAGCUGCAUAGAUGUAGCAGCAGCAUCUGAGCAACUGCGUUAUAUACCUUGUAACUUUUGCAAUAUUGUUCUUGCGGUGAGUGUACCAUGCAGCAGCUUAUUUGACAUAGUGACAGUAAGAUGUGGACACUGCACCAAUCUGUGGUCUGUGAAUAUGGGCAUGGCUGCUGCCUUUCACCAGUCUCUCUCAAAUUCCAAUCCCACCUCCCAAGAUCAUUCAACUUCUACUCACCAUAAUCAGAAGGCUCCAACCCACACUCCCCCAAAUUAUAGGGUUGAUUUGGGUACCUCUUCAAAAUACAACAGCAGGAUGCCAAUGAGGCCGUCUCCGGUUUCCAUGACUACUGACCAAAAAAUCAAUCGCCCUCCCGAAAAGAGGCAACGCGUUCCUUCUGCAUACAACCAGUUCAUAAAAGAGGAAAUCCAGAGGAUAAAAGCAAAUAAUCCAGAUAUAAGCCAUAGGGAAGCUUUUAGUACUGCUGCAAAAAAUUGGGCACAUUUCCCUCACAUUCAUUUUGGAUUGAUGCUGGAAGCAAAUAAUCACCAAGCUAAACUUGAUGAGAUGAGCUGCGGGCAAGGUUCGGAGAAGCGACCAAGAUCAAGGGCUGCAUUGUUCAAGAAAUGAGUAAAGCUUGAUUAAAAGAAACUCAAAGCAAACCCUCUCAUAUAUAUUAUAUUUCGAGUUCAACAAAACCAUGACCUUAACAUGUUUUUAAGGACAUAAAUUAAUAUUUGGAUAUUUUCAAAUUGUACUUUGCAGUCAUAUGAGUGAUGUUAUUUGUGUAUUUUUAUUUGUUAUCUAAAAGUAAGCUUGUUUGCUUGCUUGCCUUUAUAAUUAUACCCCAAAAACCUUCAGUUUGA